AUGUUGCAAGGUGGCAUAGAGAAUAAAUACAAGUACUAUUUGUUUAGAAUAAAUAAAAGUGCUGGCAGGUUCAGUGAAGACGAGGCUAGAUAUUUCUUUCAGCAGCUGAUCUCUGGUGUCCAUUUCUGUCAUAAUAUGAUUUUAAUUUUCUUUUUCACUUUGCUGCAAAUAUGCCACAGAGAUUUGAAGCUAGAAAAUACCCUUUUAGAUGGAAGUCUAGCACCUCGCUUAAAAAUUUAUGACUUCGGUUAUUCCAAGUCAUCUUUGCUGCAUUCGCAACCCAAAUCAACUGUUAGAACACUAGCUUAUAUAGCACCGGAGGUUCUUUCUAGGCGAGAGUAUGAUGUCAAGUUGGCUGAUGUGUGGUCAUGUGGAGUGACUCUUUAUGUCAUGUUGGUUGGAGCAUAUCCAUUCGAGGACCAGGAUGUCCCGAGGAAUUUCAGAAAAACAAUUUAG